CCUUCAACGUGACCUGAAUAAAGCGGAAGCAGAGGACUCCGCCGCAGAGAGAAGGGUGAGGAAAUAAACAAAAUAUAGACGGUGACAUUUUUAUGAUUUAAAACCGUAAAGACACCGAAUAUAAAGUCACCGUUUGUCAGUUCGACGUGUCAGCUACCGGAGCCGGAACAAACCUGACAGCUAGGAGACUUUUAAACAUCUGACUAUUUACUGAUUUAGUUCAUCUAACGUCUGUAAUCACCGACUUUUAUCAUCAAACCCCGUCAGGAUGCAGAGCACCACAAACUACCUGUGGCUGAUCUCAGACCUGCUGGGUCAGGGAGCCACGGCUAACGUUUACCGCGGCAGACACAAGAAAACCGGAGACCUGUACGCCGUCAAAGUGUUCAACAACCUGAGUUUUUUGAGGCCGCUAGACGUCCAGAUGAGAGAGUUUGAGGUUCUGAAGAAACUCAACCACAAAAACAUCGUCAAGCUGUUCGCCGUGGAGGAAGAGUCAAACACUCGUCAUAAAGUCCUGGUGAUGGAGUACUGUCCGUGUGGAAGUCUCUACACGGUGUUGGAGGAGUCGUCCAACGCGUACGGCCUCCCUGAAGACGAGUUCCUGAUCGUUCUGCACGACGUCGUGGCAGGUAUGAACCACCUGAGGGAGUACGGUAUCGUCCAUCGGGACAUCAAACCAGGAAACAUCAUGCGAGUGAUCGGAGAGGAGGGGCGCUCCGUCUACAAACUGACCGACUUCGGCGCCGCCAGAGAGCUCGAUGACGACGAGCAGUUUGUGUCUCUGUACGGCACGGAGGAAUACCUGCACCCGGACAUGUACGAGCGAGCCGUGCUGAGAAAAGACCACCAGAAGAAAUACGGCGCCACGGUCGACCUGUGGAGCAUCGGAGUCACGUUUUAUCACGCCGCCACGGGCAGCCUGCCGUUCAGACCGUUCGAGGGGCCGCGCAGGAACAAAGAAGUCAUGUAUAAAAUCAUCACAGAGAAGCCGUCGGGGACGAUCUCCGGACAUCAGAAGAGCGAGAACGGGAAGAUCGAGUGGAGCACCGAGAUGCCCGUUUCCUGCAGCCUGUCCAAGGGUCUUCAGAGUCUCCUGACUCCGGUCCUCGCCAACAUCCUGGAGGCGGAUCAGGAGAAGUGUUGGGGCUUCGAUCAGUUCUUCGCCGAGACCAACGACAUCCUCCACCGCACCGUGGUCAACGUGUUCAGUCUGCAGCAGGCCACGCUGCACCACGUCUACAUCCACGAGUACAACACGGCGGCGCUGUUCCAGGAGCUGAUGUCCCGCCGCUCCAGCAUCCCGCUGCACAACCAGGAGCUGCUGUACGAGGGGCGCCGCCUCGUCCUCGACCCGAACCGCCAGGCCAAGACGUUCCCCAAGACGUCCCGGGACAAUCCCAUCAUGCUCGUGAGCCGGGAGUCCGUCGCCACCGUGGGCCUCAUCUUCGAAGACCCGAGUCCUCCUAAAGUCCAGCCUCGCUACGACCUCGACCUUGACGCCAGCUACGCCAAGACGUUUGCCGGCGACGUCGGUCACUUGUGGAAAACCUCGGAGUCUCUGCUGGUUUAUCAGGAGCUCGUGAGGAAAGGAGUGCGCGGCGUGAUCGAGCUGAUGAAGGAGGACUACAGCGAGAUUCUUCACAAGAAGUCUGAAGUGUUCCACUUGUGUAACUUCUGCACGCAGAUCCUGGAGAAGACGGAGCAGCUGUUCGAGGUGCUGAUGCAGGCCAACAUGAUGUCAUCGGAGUACGACGAGAUCUCAGACAUGCACAAGAAAAUCCUCAGAAUCUCCAGCUCUCUGGAGCCGCUGGAACGAACCGCUCAGGACAUCAAGAGUAAGUUCCUCCCGGGGGGUCUGCUCACCGAAGGCUGGACGCAACAAGUGGGGACGCACCCCGAGGACAGGAACGUGGAGAAAAUCAAAGUCCUGCUGGACGCCAUCACGGCCAUCUACCAACAGUUCAAGAAGGACAAAGCGGAGAGACGUCUGCCGUACAACGAAGAACAGAUCCACAAAUUUGACAAACAGAAGUUGGUGCUUCACGCCAGUAAAGCGAGAUCUUUGUUCACGGAGGAGUGCGCCAUGAAGUAUCGCCUCUUCAUCUCAAAGAGCGAGGAGUGGAUGAGGAAGGUGCACCACGUGAAGAAGCAGCUGCUCAGCCUGUCGGGUCAGCUGAUCGGCAUCGAGAAGGAGGUCACCAUGCUGAUGGAGCGAGCCAUCAAGCUACAGGAAGUGCCGCCUCAGAAAGUUCUUCCUCUGGUGUCGAGCGGGAUGAAACCUCCGGCCUACCUGAGCCAGAACACGCUGGUGGAGAUGACGCUCGGGAUGAAGAAGCUGAAGGAGGAGAUGGAGGGCGUCGUCAAAGAGCUCGCAGAGAACAACCACUUCUUAGAGAGGUUCGGGACGCUGACGCUGGACGGAGGCCUGCGAGGCUAAAAAAAAAAGCAACCUGCAGUCUGUACAUAUUUUUGUGUUUAUCUUGUAAAUACGUCGGGACUGUGACACGAAGCUUUUUGUAUGAGCGGUUCAGAUGUCGCUCAUGAACAUGUCAACAAACUCUCUGCAUCACAAAGAGCUUCAGCUCACCUUUAAAGGUCACAUAUUAUCCUCCAACACAGAACAGAACAGGCUGUUUCUGUGUCUGUAGCUUUAAAUAUGUAAAUGAGCUGUGUCUGACCACGCCCCCUCUCUGGAAGGGCUUGGGUGUCUCGGUCUUUCUCGCUCCAUGUCCUAUUGUUUACGGUGAGAAGGCAGACUCAGAGGGCAGAACAAACACCUAGCUGUGGGAGUGUCACCCACCUGGGGGAGGGGCUACUGCCCUUUGUGAUGUCAUGAAGGGAAAAUCUCCAAACGGCCUGUUUGAGCACAGAUUUUCUGAAAAGUGGAGCAGGCAGAAGACGGAGAGGAUGGACUUUUCUCAUCAUUGGGGGGUUUGUAGACGGUUAGAGGAACAUGGAGAAGAGGAUUUAAAGAAUAUGUGACCUUUAAAUGGUCUCAUUUUUACCAGACGAACAGCGUGGGAACAAAAACCCUUAAAUAUAUGACGGUGUUUGGAUCUAAAGGUCUUAAAGGGGCGGUGUUCCCGCGAAGACGAAGCGCCACAGGAGCGUGAAUAUCAUGGCUUGAAACGGUGGUCUGAAGACGGUUAUUUAGAGAACUUAAAAUGGCAACAACAUUAGAGGCAUUAAAAUCCUUUAAAAUGUUUCAACUAUUACAGAAACCUUUUCUUCAUCUGUUUGAAAUAUUCAGAACUUCGGUGACUUUUCAUGAUUUUCCCUUUAAGAGUUAUAAUCCAUUUAAAAUCUCUUAAAAAGUUCAGAUAAUCAUCCAAACAUCAAUCAGUGAUCUCUUCAUCUGAAAUGAUUCCUUUAAGUGACGUUAAAGUGAGAACAUUAAGAGACGUUAUCUGAUGAGUUUUUUGGUGUUUAGAGUUCUUACAGGUCGAUCAGUCACUUCCUGUGUCAGCGUGCAGAAACACGUCCUCGUUCAGCAGCUUCAUCUUUUACUCGUUAGAUGUUCCGCUUUUGUUUUGUCAGCAUUGAAAAUGUUUAAGAAAUCCUGUAAAUAAAAAAACAAAAGAUGGAGACUUCUGAA